AUUUAGAAUGGAAAAUAAAGACCAUAACAACAUUAUUACUAGAAUGGACCAAGAUGUAGUCAAAAGAAUUGAAGAAAAACGCAUCGAUCCAAAGUAUUCGUCUCAGUUAAAUGAAGGUAACAUUAAUCUCUUCCUCAAACAAAGGGAAUAUGGCACCGCAAUAUUAGAUGACAUCUUAAUACGUUUAAAAAAUAAGGACAACUUGGAAAUAAUGUAUGAUGAUCCCGUGGCGACAAUAGAUGUUGUUAUUUUAUUGAAAAAGAAUUUUCCCUUAUUAGACCAAAUCAAUUAUUGGAUAACUGUUGGUCAUGAAACGGGUUUGAUUAUAAAAUGGUGGAUGCAAGCUAACAGCGAUAUGGAUAAGCUUGAAGCUGCUCAACGAGAUCAUACACAUUUACAACCAUUAACUAUGGAGAAUCUAAUUAGUAGUUUUUUAUUUCUCUUGUGUGGUUUGAUUAUUUCAAGUUUGGUGUUCCUGGUAGAAUUAAAAGUAGGAGUAACACGAUACACAAUCAAGUAGGAGAAAUACGUACC